AUGAGACUGGUGUUCUCAUCGACCCUUGCAUUUCGCGUUGCCCCAACUCUCGGGCAGGCUGAGCACCAGGAGCACGUGAAAGCUUACAAAGACCUGGAGCUCGGCUUGGCCGGAGUUCAGGCAGCGAUCAAGGCCUUGCGGGACUAUUACUCUGCGGACCGCCAGCCAGUGAAGGUCGACAUGGCUGCAUCCAUGGCUCUUGCGGCGGAAGGCCAGCCACCGCGGCUGACCGAGGUGGAGGCGUCCGCAGCAGGUGCCGGCGUGAUUGGCUUGCUGGAGGUUGUCGAGUCCAACUUCGCCCGCAACAUGGCCGACCUGCAGUCACAGGACCGCAAUGCGCAGGAGAACUACGAACAGAUGAUCCACCAAAGCCAGGUGCUCAAGGCACAGAAAGAUGCCGAUGUGAAGCACAAGACGACGGAGGCCACCAACCUGGAGCGCAGCGUGACUGAAUUGCGGUCAGACUCUGCUUCAGCUCAGCAGCAGUUUGAAGCAGUUACGGAGUACUUGGCCAAACUGAAGGAUGAGUGCACUGCCAAGGUUGAGACUCGAGAGGAACGCAUUGCUCGGCGGGGCAAGGAGAUGGAAGGUCUGCAAGAAGCGCUCUCCAUCUUGGAGUCGGCGCAGUAG